CCGCUGCCAUACUCAACCAUCACCACCACCGCCGCCGCAACCGCCACCACCACCAUCACCCUCCUUUCCCUUCGAAGCUGAAGAAGCUGCUGCAUGUUAUAUAACAUUCAUUCAUAAUAUUAAUAACAACACCCUCUCUGUGAGGCAUUUAAUCAAACACCUUCGGAUUCAAAAUGGCUUCUUCUACUUCUUUUGCUUCUCUCUUACUCCCUCUUUACAACCCCGCUUUCCGACCAAAACCAACAACUUCUCUUCCCGCUUUUCGCUCCAUUCACUCUUCUGUGCUCCCAGCUACUGAUGGAUCUCAAGCACCCCACAAGAGAACAAGAAGAAUGGAGGGUCCUCGGAAAAGCAUGGAAGAUUCAGUUCAGCGCAAAAUGGAGCAGUUUUAUGAAGGGAAAGAUGGGCCACCUCUCCGUGUUCUUCCGAUUGGUGGGCUGGGUGAAAUUGGGAUGAACUGCAUGCUGGUUGGGAACCAUGAUCGCUAUAUCCUCAUUGAUGCCGGAGUUAUGUUUCCAGACUAUGAUGAACUUGGAGUCCAAAAGAUCAUACCUGAUACAACAUUUAUAAGAAAAUGGAGCCACAAAAUUGAAGCACUUGUUAUAACACAUGGUCAUGAGGAUCACAUUGGAGCGUUGCCUUGGGUCAUUCCAGCAUUGGAUUCCAAUACACCAAUUUUUGCAUCUUCCUUUACAAUGGAGCUUAUAAAAAAACGUCUGAAGGAGCAUGGUAUUUUUCUUCCAUCUAGACUCAAGAUAUUCAGAACAAGAAAGAAGUUUAUGGCUGGGCCAUUUGAGAUAGAACCUAUCAGGGUGACCCAUUCUAUUCCUGAUUGUUGUGGAUUGGUUCUUCGCUGUUCUGAUGGUACUAUUCUUCACACUGGGGACUGGAAGAUCGACGAGACACCUCUGGACGGGAAAGUUUUUGAUCGCGAGGCUUUAGAGGAACUCUCUAAAGAAGGAGUAACACUGAUGAUGAGUGAUUCAACCAAUGUACUCUCACCUGGAAGGACAAUAAGUGAAUCUGUUGUUAAAGAUGCAUUAUUGAGGCAUAUUUCAGCUUCUAAAGGAAGGGUUAUUACCACCCAAUUUGCAUCAAAUCUGCAUCGACUUGGAAGUGUGAAAGCUGCUGCUGAUUUAACUGGCCGAAAGUUGGUAUUCGUUGGCAUGUCUUUGAGGACAUAUUUAGAUGCAGCUUGGAAGGAUGGAAAGGCUCCAAUUGAUCCCUCCACUCUGGUGAAAGCAGAGGAUAUUGAUGCUUAUGCUCCAAAGGAUCUGCUAAUUGUAACAACAGGAUCUCAAGCAGAACCACGUGCUGCCUUGAAUCUUGCAUCAUAUGGAAGUAGUCAUGCUUUCAAACUAACUAAGGAAGAUAUUGUUUUGUAUUCGGCCAAGGUUAUCCCUGGUAAUGAGUCUCGUGUGAUGAAAAUGCUGAACCGCAUAUCAGAGAUUGGAUCAACAAUAAUAAUGGGUAAAAAUGAAGGUCUCCACACAUCUGGUCAUGCUUAUCGUGGGGAAUUGGAGGAAGUACUUCGAAUUGUGAAGCCGCAACAUUUUCUUCCCAUACAUGGAGAACUCUUGUUCUUGAAGGAGCAUGAAUUACUUGGAAAAUCAAAUGGCAUUCGGCACACUGCUGUUAUUAAAAAUGGAGAGAUGCUUGGUGUUUCACAUUUGAGAAAUAGGAGAGUCCUUUCUAAUGGUUUCAUUUCCCUUGGAAGAGAGAAUUUACAGUUGAAGUACAGUGAUGGCGACAAAGCAUUUGGUACAUCAAGCGACCUCUUCAUUGAUGAAAGAUUGAAAAUUGCAUUAGAUGGCAUCAUCGUGGUUAGCAUGGAAGUUUUUCGCCCCCAAAGAGCAGACAGUUUGGCUGAAAACACCUUAAAAGGGAAGAUAAGGAUUACGACAAGAUGCCUAUGGCUUGACAAGGGAAAGUUAUUGGAUGCACUGCAUAAAGCUGCUCAUGCUGCUCUUUCAAGCUGCCCUGUAAAGUGUCCACUGGCUCACAUGGAAAGAACUGUGGCCGAGGUCUUGAGGAAGAUGGUGAGGAAGUACAGUGGUAAACGGCCUGAAGUUAUUGUUAUUGCCAUAGAAAAUCCAGCUGCUGUUCUUGCUGAGGAGAUAAACACAAAGUUAUCUGGCAAAUCACAUGUGGAUCAUGGAACAUCAACAUUAAGAAAAAUAGUCGAUGGGCACGGGAAGGAAAAUCAGCCAGACACAACGCAAAUAAGAGUUAAUGCAGAUGAUGCCAAUGAUGUUGAAGGACUUCUACCUGAGGAAGACACUGGUCCACCAACCGAAGAAGCUGAGGGUGAUUUAUCGGAUUCAGAGGAAUUUUGGAAGCCAUUUAUUGCAUCCUCACCAGUUGAGAAGUCAAUCAAAGCUAACAACGGUUAUGUUCCACGAAAGGAGCACAAGUCUAAUAUUAAGAAAGAUGAUUCCGAAGACAUUGGUGAAGCCAACUUUGUGAAAGCAUCCAGUUCUGAACUCAAGUCGUCGAAGUCAGGGAAGAGGAAUAAAUGGAAACCUGAAGAAAUUAAGAAGUUGAUUAAUAUGCGCGGGAAACUACACGAUAGAUUUCAAAUUGUGAAGGGAAGGAUGGCUUUAUGGGAAGAGAUAUCUCAGAGCUUGUUGGCUGAUGGGAUCAGCAGAAGUCCUGGACAGUGUAAAUCGCUUUGGACAUCUUUGGUACAGAAAUAUCAGGAGACCAAGAACGAGAAGGAUAGUAGCAAGAGCAGUUGGCAAUAUCUUGAGGACAUGGAAAAGAUAAUGCCUGAUAGUGAAGCAAUGGCAACAAAAUGAUGAAAAAUUUGGUAAAGGAAGGAACAUGAUAAAAAGAACAUAUAUAUAAAAAAGAAACACUUUGGGGAGGUUUCCACAUGAAGAUUGAUACCAAGUGUGUGGAUGUUAACAGUGCUGAAAGUUGCAUCAGUUGCAUGAUUUGUGGUAUGGACUCAUGGCAUUCAAGAUCCAUAGUUUUUGUGAGAGCUGAAGAUAUAGACAACAUUAAAGGGAAGCCAAUGAGGGUAGUAUUUUUGUUUGGGGGACUGCUGAUAUAAUAUCCCACCUUAGUUACCCUCCCACUUAUUUAUAUCCCUUUCCCUAAUGAUGUAUCAUAUCUAAUUUCAUUAUUAUUAUUAUUUUUAUAUGGGAACAUCGGCGCAAUAAGCAACCAUGGACAACAGUUAAAUAGUGAAGGGAGAAAUCUUUGAUGUUUCUUA